GACUCGAUGACAGGCUUUUUAAGGUGGCCCCAGAUAUUCCGACCUCAGCCCAGCGUCCUCCUGUGCCUCUACUCAGUGAGGUAGUCUCCAAGAAAGGGGACCCCGAGUCAGCCCAUCACACCUGGUUUCCUAUCUGCUAGGGUCAUUCAUCCCACGCAGCACUGGAGGGCAGCUGAGGAGGAGCCGCCUUAACAAAGGGGUUGUGUGCCAGGGAGCUGGGUAGGUGUCUGGCUAUAUAUCUGCCCAGCGGAGGUACUCUGGGUACAAAGAUGGCACUGACACAGGAGCUGUAUGCCACACCAGCCUCCAGGCUGGACUCCUUCGUGGCUCAGUGGCUGCAGCCCCACCGGGAGUGGAAGGAAAAGGUGCUGGACGCUGUGCGGACCGUGGAGCAGUUUCUGAGGCAGGAGCAUUUCCAGGGGGAGCAUGGGCUGGACCGAGAUGUGCGGGUGCUGAAGGUGAUCAAGGUGGGCUCCUUUGGGAAUGGCACCAUUCUCAGGAGCACAAGAGAGGUGGAGCUGGUGGCGUUUCUGAGCUGUUUCCACAGCUUCCACGAGGCAGCCACACACCACCAAGCCGUUCUGAGGCUGAUAUGGAAAGCCAUAUGGCAAUCCCAGGACCUGCUGGCUCUCGGGCUCGAGUGCCUGAGGGUGGAGAAGAGAGUCCCUGAUGCAAUCGUCCUCACCAUCCAGACCUGGGAGGCUGUGGAACCCAUCACUGUCACCAUCGUGCCUGCCUACAGAGCCCUGGGGCCUUCUGUUCCCAACUCCCAGCCACCCGCUGAGGUCUAUGUGAGCCUGAUCAACGCCUGCGAUGUUCCUGGAAAUUUCUCCCCAUCCUUCAGUGAGCUGCAGAGAAACUUCGUGAAACAUCGACCAACUAAGCUAAAGAGCCUCUUGCGCCUGGUGAAGCACUGGUACCAUCAGUAUGUGAAAGCCAGGUCGCCCAGGGCCAAUCUACCCCCUCUCUAUGCUCUUGAACUACUAACCAUCUACGCCUGGGAAAUGGGUACUGAGGAAGAUGAGAAUUUCAUGUUGGAUGAAGGCUUCACCACGGUGAUGGACCUGCUCCUGGCGUAUGAAGACAUCUGUAUCUACUGGACCAAGUACUACACACUCCAGAAUCCAGUAAUCGAGGAUUGUGUCAGAAAACAGCUCAAAAAAGAGAGGCCCGUCAUCCUGGAUCCCGCCGACCCCACCCACAAUGUAGCAGAAGGGUACAGAUGGGACAUCGUCGCUCAGAGGGCCUCCCAGUGCCUGAAACAGGACUGCUGCUAUGAUGACAGGGAGAACCCCAUCCCCAGCUGGAACGUGAAGAGGGCACGAGACAUCCAUGUGACAGUGGAGCAGAGGGGUUACCCCGAUUACAAGCUCAUCGUGAACCCUUAUGAGCCCAUAAAGAAGAUUAAAGAGAAAAUCCGGAGGAGCAGGGGUUACUCGGGCCUGCAGCGUCUGUCCUUCCAGGCUCCUGGCGAUGAGAGGCAGCUUCUUAGCAGCCGAUCCUCCUUAGCCAAAUACGGGAUCUUCUCCCACACUCACAUCUAUCUGCUGGAGGCCAUCCCCCCGGAAAUCCAGGUCUUCGUGAAGAAUCCUGAUGGUGAGAGCUACGCCUAUGCCAUCGACCCCAACAGCUUCAUCCUGGGUCUGAAGGAGCAGAUUGAAGACCAGCAGGGGCUGCCUAAAAAGCAGCAGCAGCUGGAAUUCCAAGGCCAAGUCCUGCAGGACUGGUUGAGUCUGCGGGGCUAUGACGUCCAAGACAGUGACACCCUCAUCCUCUCUAAGAAGAAAGAGGGACAGGCUCUGUUUCCAGCCAGCUAGUCUCCUCUGGGAAACUUCUCUGUACAUUUCUGCCACCUGCUCCAGAACUCAUUCUGUGAACCACUCUGUCCCACUGUUUACUGGGAAGGUCCUAGGUCUUCACCAGCUUUAUGAUGAGUUAUCCCAAGCCAGACGUAGUCGCUCACACCCGUAAUCCCAGUACUUUGGGAGGCCGAGGUAGGAGGAAUGCUUAAGCCAAGGAGUUCAAGACCAGCCUGGGUAUCAUAGGAAGACCCCGUCUCUACAAAAUAAAAAA